GUUGUGGAGUUCGGACGACAGCUGUCCGAGCAUAAGUCAUGUUGGAGCCCCAGUUCCCACAACUGAAUCAGGCAACUUUACCAUGCGGGGAUCCCGCAUGGCACUUACGACUACCGGCGUAGACGCAUGGAGAAUCGUGGAGUCGGACGACAGUACUCCGAAGGUGUCGGAUCCCAGCUACGAUCGUGAAGUUCUCACGCGAUCGGCAAAGGUAUAUAAGCACGCGACACUACCAUCACUAGGCUGCCUACUCAUAGUUGAUUCCAACCAUCGGAGCCGACAUUGGCAUAUCCACAUAGAAGACAAUCAGCAUGUCUUCAAUUCAGGAUGUUACCGCUACUGCAGCCGCGCCAAAGAUUGGUGUCUAUAAGGAGCUGAGACAAAACCCAUACCUCCUUGGUCUAUCCGCUUUCGCCUCGCUGGGCGGGUUCCUCUUCGGUUAUGAUCAAGGUGUCGUCUCCGGAGUGCUGACCAUGGAGUCUUUUGCGGCAUCCUUCCCAAGAAUCUCUACAGACAGCUCCUUCAAGGGCUGGUUCGUCUCGACAUUGCUACUCGCUGCUUGGUUCGGUUCUCUCGUCAACGGACCAGUAGCCGAUCGCUUCGGUCGCAAAGGAUCUAUCAUCAUCGCUGUCGUCAUCUUCACUAUUGGCUCUGCGCUUCAAGCUGGCGCGAUCAACAUUCCGAUGGCUUUUGCAGGCCGCGCAAUUGCUGGUUUCUCCGUUGGCAUGUUAACGAUGAUUGUGCCAAUGUACAUGAGUGAGGUUUCAACCGCCGGCAUCAGAGGCACUCUAGUCGUUCUCCAACAGCUUUCCAUCACACUCGGUAUUCUUGUCUCCUACUGGCUCGAAUUCGGUACUCAGUACAUUGGAGGCGUACGUUGCGCGCCCGACAUCCCAUAUACUGGUGGGACUGCGGCAGAGCCUGCCUUCGAUCCACGAAACGACGUUGGCCCCAACGGCUGCACCGGUCAGAGCGAUGCUGCGUGGCGCGUUCCUUUUGCGCUUCAGAUCUUCCCCGGUCUUGUUCUCGGUAUCGGCAUGCUGUUCUUCCCCGAAUCACCUCGCUACUACUGUAUGCGCGACAAUGAGGAAGCAGGUGUGCGAGCGCUCGCCCGAGUUCGUCGCACCUCUCCAGAUGAUGAGUCCCUACAAAAGGAGUAUCUCUCCAUCAAAGCCGAAGUCAUGUUUGAGGAACAAUACAACCGUGAAAAGUUCCCGGGCAAGUCUGGGGUUUCGCUGUACCUUUCCGGAUACUCAACGCUCUUUUCGACCUGGCCGUCUUUCAAGCGUACCGCUAUCGGUUGCUGUGUUAUGUUCUUCCAACAGUUCAUUGGAUGUAAUGCGAUCAUCUACUAUGCGCCAACAAUCUUUGGUCAGCUGGGACUUAGUGGCAAGACGACUGGUCUGCUCGCAACCGGUGUUUAUGGAAUAGUCAACACGCUAUCCACUCUCCCUGCGCUCUUCCUCAUCGACAAGAUUGGCCGCCGCCCACUCCUCCUCUGUGGUGCAGCUGGUACUUGCAUAUCCCUUUUGAUUGUCGGUGGUGUCAUCGGCGGUUACGGAUCUACGCUCAAGGACCACCCCGCAGCUGGCUGGACGGGCAUCGCCUUCAUCUACAUCUACGACGUCAACUUCUCGUACUCUUGGGCACCAAUCGGCUGGGUACUUCCAUCGGAGAUCUACAACAUUGGUAACCGCUCAAAAGCCAUGUCUCUGACUACCUCAUCGACGUGGAUGUGCAACUUCAUCAUUGGCCUCGUCACACCGGAUAUGCUGGAAACUAUCGGAUUCGGUACUUAUAUCUUCUUUGCUGCUUUCGCUCUGAUCGCGUUCGUGUUCACGUGGUUCUUGAUCCCUGAGACGAGGGGCAAGAGUUUGGAAGAGAUGGAUGCUGUGUUUGGUGAUAGCACUGCGCACGAGGAGAAGACGAGGCUGUACAACAUUGCGCAGAGUUUGGGACUAGAAGAAGCUGAGGCUGCGGCAUUCGAUGAGAAGCCUAUGAAGGCGCUGCAGACUGAGGUGACGAAUGUAUGAGGACAAAGUACAUAGGCGACGCCAGACAUCAAUUCACACGGCAACUGUCACCAGGACGGCCGACAGUUACAAUGGAUGCUGUAUAUCUAACUACUGCAUACUGUUAAGGACACAACAUUUCCUGACCUGAAGGCAUCUCUCUAGUCACUCAUUUCGUCUUCAUCUCCACCAUCAUCACUAUACCCAGGCUCAUCCUCGUCGUCAUCC